AUGUUUAACUGGGUGGUGAAAGUGGUCCCCCAACCCCCUGAAGCUCCUGGGACAAACGAAGAUGCCAAGACUCCUGCUGCUAACCCACCUAAAAACAGAGACGUGAAGAGUCCUCCACUGAAAAACACAGAUGAGGUUUCAGAGGACGGCCAGACCCAGGCUGGGGUGUUAGGGUGGCUGUCAAAUGGGUUCGUCAGCGCUCUGCCGCAGCCCUCUGGCUCCCCUCGACUCAGCAGGGCUAACUCUGAUGCCAGGUCGGGAGAAGAUGGAGAAAGGUCUGGAGUGAUGGGCUGGGUGACUCAGGGUCUGACCAAGGUGCUGCCUCAGCCUGAUGAAAAGUACAAAGAGACAAACGACACCAACAAUGAUGAACACACUGAGACCAACAUAAAAGGAGCAAUCUGUUCCAAGGAAAUCAACUAUUACUCAUACAUGAGUCAACAGGUCUACGAUGUGGCAACAAUGCCAGAUUGUGAUCCCCUCCCACACAUCCCAGUGGUGGAGAUGGUGUCAGAUGACGAGGUGUCGGAGGUAGAGUCUCUGACCCCUCAAUUUCCUCCCAACAUGGUGAACUGGAUAAAGCAGAUCAUCCCUCAGCCAGUUAUACUGCCCCCUGGUGCUGUACCCAUAGAGCCAUCAACCAAGUCCUCCCGCUCCUCUCUGGACAAAAUUCUGUCUCCACCACCUGAAUCUCUCAGUGGAAUCUCACUUGAUACGGACAGCAAGGCCUCAAGUGUGGUUGGCUGGUUCGUGUCAGGACUGGGCCUGAAGAUGCCUCAACCUGCCCUUCCAUCCAAAGAUGAUGCGGAGGGUGCAGCUGAAGUUCUACAGAAGGCUUCAUCCAAACUCAAACCUGACAUGGUAUUAGAAGACGUGGAGUCAGACAACGAGGGUCAGCAGCAGAAACGUGAGGACCGUUCUUCCAAAGCUGCACCGCUGUCCACAUCACUGACUCCACCAUCACCGACAGCACACCAACAGCAGGAAGCAACCCACCAGACACAAUCCAAUUCAAUGUCCAUGGCAUCCGUGCAGUCCCAGAAGUGUGAAACUGCCAAACUAGAACCUGAAGCAUCUGAGUGUGUGACAAAAAUAUCUCAGGAAGAUGCCGAGACUCAGACAGGCCGCUGGACGCCAUUUAUUGAGAGCAUCAAGAAGGAGGCUGAAGGUGUAGCUUUGGCUACCAUGGAGGAACGUCUCCUGCAGGAGCGCAUGGAGAUGGCACGUAUGGCUGAGGAGGUGGCCAGACAGACAGCUGAGAUGGCCAUUAGACAGAUGGCCAGUGAGGGACAGUCCAUCAAACUCUCGCUGGGCAGUCAAGAACUGCUGGAGGAGCCUGAAGUCGAGCUGCCAGUGCCACAAGAAGACGAGAGCGAAUUAGAGCACAGUAAAGUCACAGAAAAGGAGGAGAGUCUUGCUGAGGAGGAACAGAGGGAAGAGACUGAAGAACCUACCGUCACAGAACCAGAGCCAAAAGAGGAAGCAGAGCCACAUCGGACUUCCCCCUCUCCACCUCCAAGUCCUGAACCAGUUAAGACCUCUGAACCAGAGCCAGAGCCGGAGCAAGAGCCUGAACCUCAAUCUGAACCUCAACCAGAAGCGGAACCGGAUCCAAAACCAGAGACUAAGUCCCAGGAAGCCAGUUCAGAAGCUGAGCCUGUAACUCAGCAGCCACAGAAAGCAGAGAAAGACGGUCAAGGCACCAACACUGAGAAAGCAGCUGAAAAAGAGGAGGAAGCUACGGGGGAUGGCUGUGGUGCUCCAGUCAGCUGUGAUGCAUUUAAGAGCUGCCUGAUGCGCAUUCCUCACACCUCAGAGUGCCUCGGCAAUAUCAACGCUUUCUUCAAAGAGAACGGCAUCUCCCCCCCUAAAAUACCCCCCAUGCCUAAGCUACCCACCCAGUUCUCUGACGUGACCAAGUACUUACCCACCCUACCCCCUGAGUUGCGGCAAGAGCUCUCCCAGAUCAGACUCACACAGGUCCCCCGAAGCAUUGCCCAGACUCUGACUGAGAUUUUGCCCAAAAGCUCAGAGGGUUCGGUCCGCCCCAGUCUGUCCAGUCUUUCCCAGAGCUUUUCAAACAUCCCACAGAAGCUCUCCCAGUUUCCCAGCCAAGCGCAGCAGUACUUCCUCAACCUCCGGUCUCGCUCCCCAUCUCCAUCGUCCCCCAAUGGUAGCACCCUCGAACUGCCCAAUGUGCCAUCCUAUCCACGCCUGCCACCAAUUGUCAGCCCCCCAUCAACACAGCUGAACUCCCCGUCCCGCCAACUGUCUGGUCUUUCUAACCCAGCGUUCUUCAUUGAAGAUGACUCAGACAUUUCAGCAAUAAGACCCGCAGGAGGAGGAGGAGAGGAACAGAAUACUAUCCCCCAAAUUCUCACCCCACAGGACCCCAAACUUACCACGCUCACUGUCCCUGUGACCCCUUCUGGAGGUCGUCAGAGUAGGAGGCUUCAUUCUCAAAGCGAAGAUGAUGAUGACGAAGGAAGCACCCCUGUCCGUGCCUGGCCCAGCCAGUCCAGCCUGCACAGCACAGAUGACGUUCUGAAGGAACGCCCAGCAUCUUCAGCCAGUCAGACCAGCACGGUGGUGAACGAGCGUCUGCAGGAACUGGUCAGGAUGUUCAAAGAGAGAACAGAGAAGGCCAAGGAGAAACUCAUCGACCCUGACAGCUCUGAUGAAGACAGCGUCAUCCCCUCUCCUCCUCAGGCUUCAGCUCCUCAGCCUGCUCCUGCAGCGCAGCCGGCGGACGGGGGAGAGAAGGAGGCACAGGUUGGUCCAUCAGGAGGAGGAGUGGAGAGUGAGGCAGAGGAGGAGCAGUCUAGCAGCUGCUGCAAGGUGAAAGCUCCUCGGUGGAUACGAGCCUGUAUGCACUACCGUUUCCCUGCCAGCAUCGACCCUUUCACCAACCUGAUGUACGUGCUGUGGAUGUUUCUGGUUUCUCUUGCUUGGAACUGGAACGCAUGGUUCAUCCCGGUGCGUUGGGCCUUCCCCUAUCAGACUCCAGACAAUAUUUACUACUGGCUGCUGACCGACUACCUGUGUGACCUCAUUUACAUCCUGGACAUCACCAUCUUCCAGCCACGUCUGCAGUUUGUCCGUGGGGGGGACAUAGUGAGUGACAAAAAAGAGAUGAGAAAGAAUUACAUGAAAACCAAACGUUUCAAAUUUGACGUAGUCAGCCUUGUUCCUCUGGAGAUCUUCUAUUUUAAAACUGGCAUCAACCCUCUGCUCCGCUUACCCAGGCUGCUGAAGAUCAACUCCUUCUUCGAGUUCAACGAGCGUCUAGAGGCCAUCUUGACCAAAGCCUACAUCUACAGGGUGAUCCGUACCACCACCUAUCUUCUUUACUGUCUCCACUGUAAUGCCUGUCUCUACUACUGGGGCUCUGCCUUUAAAGGACUGGGAUCCACCAAGUGGGUGUACAAUGGCGAAGGCAACAGUUACAUCCGCUGUUACUACUUUGCGGUGAAGACCCUGAUCACCAUUGGGGGUCUGCCAGAUCCCACUACUCUCUUUGAGAUUGUCUUCCAACUCAUCAACUACUUCGUUGGAGUCUUUGCCUUCUCUAUCAUGAUUGGACAGAUGCGUGAUGUGGUUGGUGCAGCCACUGCAGGUCAGACCUACUACCGCACAUGUAUGGACAACACUAUUAAGUACAUGUCCUCGUAUCGCAUCCCCAAAGACGUCCAGAACCGUGUCAAAACUUGGUAUAACUACACUUGGCAAUCUCAAGGCAUGCUGGAUGAGCAGGAGCUGCUGACUCAGUUGCCAGAUAAAAUGCGUCUGGACAUUGCUGUAGACGUCAACUACUCCAUCGUGAGCAAAGUCCCACUUUUUCAGGGUUGUGACAGACAGAUGAUCUUUGACAUGCUGAAAAGCCUACGCUCUGUUGUUUACCUGCCGGGGGAUUAUGUCUGCAAAAAGGGCGAGGUGGGUCGAGAGAUGUACAUCAUAAAGGCAGGGGAAGUGCAGGUGGUUGGAGGACCCGAUGGGAAAACCGUGUUUGUCACCCUCAGAGCAGGAUCAGUCUUUGGAGAGAUCAGCUUGCUUGCAGUAGGUGGGGGUAACAGGCGCACAGCCAAUGUGAUCGCUCAUGGCUUUGCCAAUCUUUUCAUCCUGGACAAGAAAGACCUGAACGAAAUCCUGGUCCACUACCCCGAGUCCAAGAAACUGCUUCGCAAGAAGGCCAGGAAGAUGCUUACUAAGGGAAAGAAACCUGAGCCCAAAGAAGAGGCUAAGGAACCCCCUCAGGUACCGGCAGCCCAUGUCAGGCAGGAGACUCCCAGACUGCUGAGAGCUGCGCUGGAGAUGACAGAGAGGUCCUCUGGACUUAAAGGGGUUCUGGCUAAAGUCAAGGUGAAGACCAACAAGUCCAGUAUCUCAUUACAGCCCUCCAUCUCUUCCUCUCUGCCCCCUCCAUCUCCCACCUCCAGCUCUGGACCAGACAGAGACGUGGACACUCCCUCACCCAUCUCUGCCAGCUCCACGGUGUUUCGCUCUGCUUCCCGCUGCCACAACAACAGCUCUGUGAUGCCUCACUCCGCAUCACAUUGCCACAGCGAUGCAGACGAAACACUCGCCAUGGACCAGAGGGAGGAGGAUAUCAGUGAGGAUCAAGGGAAUGAGGGCGGGAAGAGGAAAGGAAAAAAGUUGUGAUAUUUUUCUACAACAUGUGGGGAGGAGAGAGGUGAGGAAGGUGGGGACAGGAAGCAAUAAACUUUGAGGAUUUGUGUCUACAUUUAGAGGAGAGGGAGAUAAAGAGAAAGGAGGAGGACAUUAAGAGAAAAGAGUGAGUGGCAGGUGUGAUGAGGGGAAGGAAAUUGGAGUAAUCAACAGAGAAUAAAGAAGCUGCUUUUAAUGUGGAAAUAGAGGAAUAAACGCUGCAGAGUAUAUCUACAAGACACUGACAGAAUGGGAAAGACAGAGAAGGUGUUGUAAAUGAAGAUGUACAAAAACUGUAAUGUUUUAUUGUCAGACUGAUCAGUUAAAGUUGUGUGGGACAUCUUCAUUGCAAAAUAUCUAAGUAGUACUGUAUCUACGGGCUGCCAUGCAGUUGUAAUGUACCUGUAAAUUUAAAAAGGUGACAUAUUUUGUCACUUGUGUCCCUGGUUUUUCAAACUGGAGCCCUGGAAAAUAAAACUCUGUGUUGUAUUUUUUUCCAGUUGCUUUGCAUUCCUCUUUCAGCCUCCACCCACUGUGUUUACCUUCAUUAAUAUCAAUAUUGGUUCAUCUAAUGUUGGAGCAAGCCAUUCCUCGCCUGGUUACUUCCUCAGAAUUCAAGCAUGUUUGUCAUCUACACUGAGUUCACUGAAUUCACAGUGUCUGUGUUGAGCGAACUCUGUGUGGGAUAGUUAAGCCAUAACAACUCAGAUCAGCAAUUUCCACAGAACUGAACUUCAUGUCUUUGUACCACAUAUAAAAUGUUUUUGCUGUUGUUGAGUGAUAAAUGUUUACAGAUUCUUUUGUAAACUUCAAAAUACAAUAUGCCUUAUAUAUUUUUUUGUCAUUUAACUUUGUGUUGUGUUGGUGUGAGUAGGAUGCACUGCUGAUGUUUUUAUAAGUUGAUCCUGAAAUACA